CCUUCUCGGAAUGUGUGUGGAACAUUUCCUGUCAGGAUUGCGGGCGAACAGAGCGGUACAUUGAGCCACGGGACGAGGAUCUACUGGGUGGGGGGUGCGGGCGCGGGAGUUCAACACAGUGGCUGCUGCUUCAGGCGCCUGCAAAGCCGGGAGAAAGGGCGAGAGUAAAGCGAUCCCGUCUGGAUACUCGGAUUCCCAACAGAGCCAGCCUGUCCUGGAGGGAAGUUCUUCUUAAAAUUGAACCUUUUUCGGAUCUCGGGGAGAUUUCGAGGAUCCGCGCCGAAGAUGGGUUAUCAGAAGGGAGGAAGACAGAAUGAGUAAAGGCUUUGCUCUGCUUUGAAGCCCCUCUGCUGAAGUUCAAUGGAAUAAUUACUGGUUCAAAGAAAACAAAAGAGUCCGAUCUUAAAGUCUGCCGGAAAAUCUGUGGAAUUCCCGGGGAGAUGUCUUCGAGCCUGACCUGUGCCGGGAUGCUGUGGGCUACACUGUCCCUGCUAUGCGCUGCCGCCUCCUGCACCGGCUUCUUCAUGCCCUACUGGCUGCUGGGCUCCCAGCUCGACAAGCCGGUCAGCUUCGGCGUGUUCCGCCGGUGCACCUACCCGGUGCGCCAGGAGGGCCAGCUGCAGUCGGUGAUCAUGGUGGAGCAGUGCGGCAGAUACGCCUCUUUCCUGGGCAUCCCCAGCCUAGCUUGGAAGAUCUGCUCGGUGGUGACCGGGGUGGGAUGCGGUCUCCUCCUGCUGGUGGCGCUCACCGCGCUUAUGGGCUGCUGUGUUUCCGAGCUCAUCUCGAGGACGGUGGGCAGGGUGGCUGGAGGCAUUCAGUUCGUGGGAGGUCUACUGAUUGGCUCAGGUUGUGCCCUGUAUCCCCUGGGCUGGAAUAGUGAAGAGGUGCAGCAAACCUGCAGCAAUCUCUCAGACCAGUUUGAGCUAGGUACAUGUCAGCUGGGAUGGGCCUAUUACUGUACUGGAGGAGGUGCAGCAGCUGCAAUGCUUCUCUGCACUUGGCUGGCUUGCUUUGCUGGCAAAAAGCAGAAACAGUAUCCAUACUGAAGCCCCAAAUAAGGACAUUGAAACAGCUCUGAGCAAGAGGGCUGUGGAGGAGUAAAACUGCAGGCAAAACAUUUUAUGGAACUUUUCCAAAGUUUCCUUACUGAAUUUACUCCUAAUGGCAUUUAAAAUCUAAAAUGAGAAGAUUGUAAACUGAAAAUCAAUCUGAGCAAAAGACUUGACGUCUGGGUUUAUGAUCAUUUUUUCUUUUAAGCAUUUGUUUCUUGGAUGUAUCUUGUUGAGGCCUUCCAAAUCAUUAAAGAGGAAGGACCGUCCUGGACAAGUUCUCUUUGUUCAGAGUGCUCCCUGUUCAAACUCCCUUUUAUAGAAUAGGCUCACCGUAAAUGUUGUCGAUGAAUCAAGAACAAAUGGAGACCAUCGAGGAAGAUAUUCCUGCUUGUUUGGCCGCUGCUGACAUCAUUAAUGGAGACCACCCUGGCUCGGCUAAAUAGCAAAGAGUGGGUCAGGAGAGGAAGAGGAACUGAUUGCAAAGCAGCCAGUAGUUUGCUCUCCUGCUGUUGGUGGCCCAGGAGCACCUUUCAAGCUGGUUUGAAGUCAUGCCUUCUGUUCGCUGUAAGAGCUGCUUUGGUAGUUACAGGGAACAAGCUAUGCUCAUUGGGAGUCAAUCUCCAGGCUAGCAGUAAUAGUCAUAAUUUUUGUUCUUGAAACAACAAUUUUAUGGUGAAUUUUAUUCCCCUCUGGAAAAGAUGGAACAGUUUGAGUGAAUAGCAUUCCCCUGCAACCUUCUUCAUCUUUUAAGUAAUGUUUUUCAAAGGACCAAUUUACUAGUAAAAGCUUUUUUUUUACAUAUAUGUACAUAAUUAUAUAUAUAAUUAUAUAUCCAUAUGCGCACAUUUCCAUUUUGGAAAAAAAAUGUGUUUAUAAUUUGGUCACAGCAUAAUAAAUGUAGGUAAUAGCAGUAUUUUAUAUUGUGUACCAUAUUAUCAUGUCAAGGUAUAUUGUAUUCAACAUGUGUAUACUUCAUUAUAUAGGUUUGUAUAGUACAAAUUUGUGUUAGUGUUUUGCUGUUACAGUAUACAAGUAGCAGUUACUUUCUAUGCAGAUAUUCAACAAAUCCUGUGAACAGCAAAAAGACAGUAGAUUUAGGUCUAGGUUCUCCUCACAUUGCCAGAGGAGGGCCAGUGCAGGGCUUCUACCCAGCACCAAUCGUGCGAUGAAUCCAACCCAAUUUCCUGGGUUAGAGGUCAUUACAUCUGCAGGGUUGACUUCUGGUGGCAUCUGUAUCAGCAGGUGGGAGUCAUCCCCUCGCCUCCACCACUGCAAACAAGGAAAAUUCCUGUGGUUCCACAACAAGACCACCACUGCCACACUAGCAGAGGUGAAUCCGAGGUUAAAGAUCGGAGUUAGGUUUUACUAUUAGGGCUCAGACUGAGCCAAAUCCUACCAAAGGCACAGGUGUCUGGCAUAAUUGGAACAGGAGAAAGGCACUCUUUCCCCCAUAAAUGAUGAUAGGGCAGUGUUGGGGAUGAGCUGCCGACCUAGGGAUUAACUCCACUCCUUGCCUAGUGGUCCCUGAAGUGACUGAACCCAUCGUAGAAGGGGCCAAAGCUUCCUGCCAUAAUCUACCUGUGGAGGGCAGGAUUAGGAAAGUCAUCAUGGAGGGGCACGUAGGUUGGGGCAGGAAGGCAGCAGCAAUCCUCACUUCUUCAUUUUCCACCAGUUCCACUACCAUUUCACAUGAUUUGCGCGCAGAGGACAAUCCGAGCCUUUUGCCUACAUACAACCUCAGCAAUCAAAAGCUACAUCUCUCCUGACUAGUCAGAAAUCAUGGGUGCAUCGAUAGUUGACUAAGUGGGCAUGUAAUAGAAAAUGCAUGUCUGGACAUCAGAAUUUAUCUGGUAACCCUGAGUAUUAUAUCCACCUUAAACAAAACUCCACACUGUCAAUAUCAAUUCUACUCUGAGAUUCCCCUCAUCUUCUCCACCAAGUGGGGCCUCCAUCUCAUUUCUAGGCUCAGCCUGGGGUUGCAAAUCAGAUAUAUGGCAGCUGUACCAAUAUUGCAUCUGUCUUGAACUUCCAAAGCAACUGAUACAAGGCCUGAUAGAAUGCGCCAUUCCACCUUGCUGCUGAGUUCACCUGAUUCAGUUUGGUAAGUGUUGACGGUUCUGAAAGGUUUGGUCUCAACGCUGCCCCGAUGUUGGUAAACAAACCAUAUAUUCACCCAGUUUUCCAGGUCGCCAGAUCUGUCAAACUCAAAUAGACCAAACCCAUGGCAUAAAACAAACCACAAACAGGAGGUACGCAUUUAAAUUUACAGUUACUGAUGAAAUACAGUGAUGAUAUGUUUACCAACCAGGAAUCACCUGGUUUGGAGAUAUGAAGGUCAGGAAUCAGCUCCUUUGCCCAGACAGUUAAGAUCAGGUUUAGACUAAAAAUAUAAACUGGAUAGCCUGCUGGCGCAAUUCAAAUUUCAUGUCCACACCACAUUGUAACUUUGGAUCCAAAGUUGAGAGACCAUUGAUUGGCUUGGACCUUUGAGAAAUAUCAUACAAAUAUUUGGGUCACCGACUCUUGUUAAAUUGAAAAUCCACAUGCAACUGGAAACCUGAAGUACUCUAAUCCAAAUCAAACUUCUACACAGCAGCCAAAAGCCAAAUGUGAACUGAGAUCACAUGUAGAUUAGGUAGUGCCACUCUAAUAUACAGUGAUAGUGAUUACACUGUAAUAUACUGUAAUAAUGAACUGAACAAUCCGAUGUUUUGGUAAAUUCUGAAUAGUUGUAGAGCAAAAUGGUAGAGUUAGAAUUUGAAAUGUGUGCUGACUUAAGUUGGUCACAAUGGAUGUUUUAUUGAUAUGCUUAUUGAAGCACAAUGUCAAAUGAUUAUAAAAAAUAUGUGGCCUAAAAAUUGUUUGUGUAUUUGUUGAGGUCUUUCUAAAAUCUUGGGUGCAUGCCCAAUCUUAGAAACAGCCUGGAGGAACAAGAGCCAAAUGAUUAAACAUUUACCGUAACACAAUACAGAUGCUAAAUUUGUCGGUGCUCAAAAUGGUCCCCAUUCCACAAAAUAGGUUGAUGAUUUAUAAUAUUUUAAUAUCAUUAGCUGAAGAUACUUAGCUUUAUAUACGUUUUAUUAGCCUCCAAUAUUUCCCAGACCUCAAUUUGUGAUCCUGUGAAAGCUUCCAUGUUACAUUAUAAAUCAAGAGGUCACUGCCUCCCAAUUAGCUUACUAAGUAAUUAUAGAGUAAUUUGUUCAAAAGAAAAUCUAAAGGCCCUUCAGACAAGUGGAGAGAAUGGAACUAAACGCAGUGUAUCAUAGAAUCUAGGUCAUCACCAGUAACUUGCUUUACAUGUAGCAUAGAUCCCAGAAGACUGCAAAAUGAGAGAUUGAAGAUUUACAGGAUAUGGGAGUUCAUUUGAGCAGGAUUUAAUAAGCAUGGGGAAUUAGGUGCAAUGAACCUUCUUCGAACAAAGAUUUCAGACACUAUGUUCUGUGAAUUGAAACCUCCUCAUGGGGAUGUUGAACUAUGUGAGGGUGAGGUUUAAUUUCUGUUGACUUUCAAUAGAGAGGAAAAGCAGUGUAUUACAGAUGGGUGAUCGGCUCAUGCCUAUUUUGCAACCCCAUCAAUAUUUAAUUUCUCCCCCAUGCAUUCUGUAAUCCCAUCUGCAGACUGUUUUCAGAAUUCUAAGAUUUACAAGGGUGACAUAUCCCAAGAUUGGCAGGAUGGAGUGAUGUAUGGUACAUAAAAAGCUCUGAUGAACCAUGCCAUGAAGUUUUGGGAUGGGACUACUAAACUGAAACAUACCCACUCAUGCAUUGCCUAAUCUCAGCCAUGCCACAUAUAGAGUGAAGGCAAAGUGAUUCACUUGGGGACAGGUGAGGGCUGUUAAUUAGAGGACAGUCAUGAUUGGUCCACUUCUGAUCAGCUCCUGGUGCCUAGAGACAGAGGACAUGGAACUGGUUGCCAAUUUUGGCUGCAAUUACCCUUUGGCUUAGGGUUGAGUUGAGAUGCAGAGAACAAAAUAAACAAGAUGGGUGUGCACCUCAAGUACCAACAAAAUCUUACCAUCUAUUGCCCUCUACUGGUCCAUUUGGAUACUACUGUAGGGUGGGAUUGUUCUUCAGGCUGAGCAGGAUUUGCUGUUCUUUUAUAGUCCUAGGUAUACAUGCUAUUACAUGCUUAUAUAAUGUAGGUUUAAACUAUUUAAAAUUUUAAUGUGUACAAGUUUUUACAUUAAUAAGUAGUGCCUCAGUUUAGGGCUAUGGAUAUACAGACUGUAAAUUACUCUGUGUAAAAUGAAGGUUUAUGCCUAGUUGUGCUGCCCCUGAGGUACCACAAACAUUUUUCCAUAACCUCUUAAUUGUUGUAAACUCUCCAAACUACCAUUUCAAGGAACUUUGAGACUGAGUGCAAUUCAGAACCUGAAGUCAUGUUUUCACUGUCUCCACUUGUUAGUCUCAGUGGUGUAAUUCCAAAUCUAUAUUUCUUUCCAAUACAUUGUUUGCAAUUUGUAAUACUCUGUAAUAAGUCAGUACAACUAUUAAAUGACUGAUUUGCAGCAAACACCGUGUACUUUUGCUUGGACCAUUAAAGUACCUACUGUUGCUUUAA